AUGGGUGUGUUCCCAAAACAUUAUGGGAUUUCUCGAUCAAACCUCAUCAAAUUAUGGGUCUCUGAGGGCUUUCUGGAUACAUACCUGGUGAUUGAAGAAACUGCCGGAAACUACUUAGAUCAACUUAUUCAGCGAAGUGUUGUUUUGAGAGAAAAACACACUUCUGUCAAUUCGUUUAGAUCUAAGAACUGUAGAUUGCAUUUCACCUUUCGAAGUCUAUGUGUUAGUGAAGCUAAAAGUGAAAAGUUUUUCCAUAUCCUGAAAAAAUACACCGAUUGUACUCCGGAGAACAUCAGAAUGCAGCAGCGUUUGUGCGUCCACAAUAAUGUUAUUCUUGCUUUAACACAAGUUCAUGAAUGGAUGGAGUCUGUUCCGAAUGCACGAUCUCUUCUGUGUUUCGGUCCAAAACAACAAUAUCCAGUAUUGUUGCCCUUGUGUUUUAGAUUUCUCAAGGUACUAGAUGCACUUGCGAUCCGCUUCUACGAGUUCCCACAUCAACUACUUGCAUUAGUUCACUUGACGUAUCUUUCCAUCACGUGUGAUAGAGAGCUUCCCAACUCCAUAUCCACACUUUGGAAUCUCGAGGUAUUGAUUUUCACUCGGCAUCAUGAUAUCAAAUUGCCGAAUAAUGGUCCAGUUUAUCUGCCUAUAGAUAUCUGGAACAUGCAUAAACUGAGGCAACUUUAUUGCAAGGGCUUCGACCUCCCACCUCCUCCGGAUGAUUCUCAUCUUGAGAAUCUUAUAACAGUUUCAGGUGUGAGUGUUCACAGUUGUACCGUAGAAGUGCUUUCAAGAAUCCCAAAGCUAACGAGAAUAUCCGUUCAAAUUGAGUCAGCACACGACUCAACCGAAACGUUUAGUUUUUUCGGCCAUUGA